AUGUCAUCUUCAAAUACAAGUAAGCAAACUCCUCAAACGCCUCAUUCAUCUAUCCCAAGUCAUUUACAUCCAGCAACUCUGACACCUGGAUCAAGAUCGAGAUCAUUUGGAAGUAGAACUCAAUCACCAAUGCCCCAUGAACAACAACAUAAUUACGUACCUUCCUUCGAUGAUAGUGGAUUAACAGCCAAUGGCAUAACGGAACGUGCUUUGUUUUCCGAAUCAGAAUCUAACAAUCCAACUCCAAGAAUCCUGACUCCCGCCUUUGACAAAGGACAAGCGCAUGACCAAGAUCAAGAUCAAGAUCAAAAUGAACAACAACACCUAGUCGAAGAAGAAGCAGAAGAAGGACAGGACGAAGAAGACCAACAAGAAACGGAAGCAGAAAAUUGGGAUACGAUAAGAGAAGGUUCGAUUGCCAGAAGACCAAAGUGGAGAAGACCAAGUCCUAAAUGGUUAUAUCCUUUUGUUAUUGGUGUACCACUUUGUCUAGGAAUGAGUAUGGCACCGAAAGCUGAAUUAUAUAUCAAUUUAGCUUGUUUGGCUCAUCCUCCUAGUGCAAGUCAAGACUCGACUUCACAUACGCAUUCUCAUCCUCAUUCUCAAGAUUUGGUUACGUCCUCUCUCCAAACCUAUCAUAAUUAUAUGAUCUCUUCUCUUCGAACUGGAUAUAAUGCAGGACGGCCAAUCUCAGCUGAUAGUGGAAUCGGCACGAAUUUACCAAUUGGAGACGAUUAUAAAUUAACUCCUUCUGAUAAAUGGUUCUUGAAAGUACAACAUGAUAUAUACGAAUAUCACUUGCAUCACGAUCUAGCCAAGACGAAUACCACGAAACCCGUCCCAUCUGGAAAUAAACCAAUUUCACCUGGAACUGGAACUGGAACAAUUUCCAGGCCUGAACCAACCUCACCACUACCAAGACCUGAUCGACCAAUUCCAUCGAAAGACGAAGGAGAAUCGCCUUUACCUUCCGAGGAAGAUGACGAUGACGAUGAAAACAAUCAUGAAAGUCAGGAUGACGAUAAAGGUCAUAGACCAUACAGAGAAAUCGAUCCUAGAUUAUGCAAGAGAGACGUCAAAGUCCAAGGUGCAGCUGCUAAAUUGACUAUGAUCAUGACUACAACCAUGGGAUUGUUAUCUGCUCUCACUACUGGUUUCUGGGGUAAAACUUCAGACAAAUUAGGUAGAACAAAGAUCAUUGGCUUAGUCGUGUUGGGUCUAUUUCUGAACGAGCUUUGUUUUGUCCUCGUUGCGAAUUUCCCAUAUCUCGUUCCUGGAGGAUACUAUUUCUUGCUCCUUGGACCUAUGUGUGAAGGUUUCUUGGGUGGAUAUAGUGCAAUAUCAGCAACGAUAAACGCAUAUAUAUCGGAUGUCACACCGGAUGGAAGUAGAGUGACCAUCUUUGCUCGAAUAGCUGGUCUAUUCAUGGCGGGAUUCGCUGUGGGUCCAGUUUUGGGUAGUUUAUUGAUCACCUGGACUGGGAACAUUAUGACACCAUUUUACAUCAAUGUGAUUAUUUAUGCCCUUUAUAUACCAUUGGUAUUAUUCUUUUUACCUGAAUCACUUUCAUCCGAAGCGAGAAUGAUGUUGAAGAAAACACGUAAAUUAGCAAGGGAAGAAGCUAAGAAACGUGAUCAGUUGGAAAGGGAAUGGGAAGAUGAAACGCCUUUCAAUAUCAACGAAUCAGAGGAAGUCGAUCCCUUGUUAUCAGGUUGGAGUAGAUUAUCGCAAAAUAUUUCAGUAUCGCAUAAGAAUUCAUCAAAGACACAAAAGAAAACAAUUGGUAAAUUCAAACGAUUUUUCAGGAAAAUAUUCGGUUUUUUAGAACCUUUAUCUAUUUUCAUUCCCACUGAAAUUGAAGGUACCAAACAGAGAAAUUGGAAUUUGACCGUUGUGGGAUUGGGAUUAUUUUGUAUGUCAAUGGUAUUUGGAAUCAUGAGUAUAAAAGCUCAAUACACGUUCUACGCCUAUGGUUGGACUUCUGCUCAACUUGGUCCAUUCAUGUCUCUCGCUGCUUUCUCGAGAAGUUUCGUGCUCAUCGUCCUUAUUCCUAUCGUUAUGCACUAUGUUAAACCAAGGUUCAUCGGAAACACGAACACUUCAACUCUUCCAGGUCAUCAUCCUACGAUUGAAGAAGAAGCUAUUGAAGAGAUGUUAGGAGAACAUUCAACUUCCCCAAUAUCUACUUCCGCCAAACAAUCCAACGCUGUUCAAGAUCAAAAACCGAAAAGAUCAUCGCAUCUAGAUUUAUUAACUGUUCGAGUGUCGUUAAUAUUGGAAACAUUACCCUACAUCUUUUUGGCGAUGGCACCCAGUUCUACUGGAUUCGUGAUCCUUUCAGUCCUAUGCACGCUGGGAGGAUCAGGUAAUCCGGCUGCGAAUUCCUUAGCUUUAUCAUUGUUACCUGAUCCAAGUCAAUCAGGUAGACUGUUUGGUGCUCUAUCGGUACUACAUGCUUGUGGAGCGAAUUUGAUUUCUCCUUUAAUGUUUGGAACUGUAUUCGCUGCAACAGUCGGUACAUACGCUUCAACCAUUUUCGGUAUCGCAGCUGUUACUUUGAUUUUAGCUCAAAUCUGUUUCAUGUUUGUCAAGCUAGAUAAGAAGAGAUCGCCUCAGUUGAACGAUAAUGGUGACCAUCAUGAAAAUGAAAAUGAUGAUCGUGCUCAAAGUGAAGAAGAUGGAUAUCGACAUGGUGAACGAGAUGGAAGAGGUAGAUCUAGAAGAGUCAAGAGAGUCAACAGCUCUUCCUUGAAUGGUAGUGGAUUCUCAAGGACAAAAGGAUAUGGAACAAUGGACGACAACACAGCAAGCGGCAGUACAAGUGGAAGUUCCAGUGGCAGUUAA